UGAAAUGCCAAAUGAGAAAUGUGCUGAAUUCAGGAGGAAUAGAAAGAAUCAAAGAAAGGCCCUAAAGAGGUAGUGACAGUUUAUCUCUAAAGAAGGGUGAAGAAAGUGAGCUAGUGCGACGAUGAUGAUGGAUGGAGUGAAGGUAUGGAGCCAAAUCCAAUCGUCUCAGCAGCUGAAGCAGCUGCUCCAGUGGAAGUCGAAGUUGUCGUUGGGCAAUACAACUACAUCAUUCGUUCGGCGCCGCUUUGUUGCCUGUGCGACUCCGACUCCGACUCCGACUCCGAGCCGCAGCCGCCGUCCCCAGUCGUCGUCUUCUACUUCUACAUCUACAUCCGACAGGGAAGCUGUCCGCACCAUCCGCCUGAACAAGGUGGAAGAAUUGAGAAGCAAGGGGUGUGAGCCUUACGCAUACAAGUGGGAUAGGAGUCAUUCAACAAGUGAACUUCAGUCCAUGUAUGAGAAUCUUCCUAGUGGUGAGGAGGCUAAUGAUCACGUCUCCGUUGCCGGAAGAAUUAUGAGUCGCAGGGCUUUUGGGAAGCUUGCCUUUCUCACUCUAAGAGAUCAUUCUGGCACAAUUCAGCUUUACUGUGAAAAGGAUACGCUCUCUGCAGAUCACUUUGAGCAUUUAAAAGCACUUGUUGAUAUUGGUGAUAUACUUGGUGUAACUGGCACUUUGAAAAGGACUGAGAAAGGGGAGCUUUCUGUUCGUGUCAAUUCCUUUGCAAUCCUUACCAAAUCCUUACUCCCACUGCCCGACAAAUUCCAUGGCCUCACCGAUGUUGAUAAGCGCUACCGUCAAAGGUAUGUAGACAUGAUAGCAAAUCCUGAAGUUGCUGACAUAUUUCGGAAGAGAGCCAAGAUCAUCUCAGAGAUUCGUAAGACUGUGGAAUCCUUGGGCUUUGUUGAGGUUGAAACUCCAGUUCUACAGGGAGCAGCUGGUGGAGCAGAAGCGAGACCGUUUGUAACAUACCAUAAUUCACUGGGAAGGGAUCUAUAUCUUAGAAUAGCUACUGAGCUUCACUUGAAGAGGAUGCUGGUUGGAGGCUUUGAAAGGGUUUAUGAAAUUGGAAGAAUAUUCAGAAAUGAGGGCCUCUCGACUCGUCACAAUCCUGAGUUCACCACAAUAGAGUUGUAUGAAGCAUAUUCCGACUAUGAGAGCAUGAUGACCAUGGCAGAAGAAAUUGUUACUCGCUGUGCACUUGUAUGUCAAGGAAAGCUUAAGAUAGAGUAUCAGGGAAUAGAUAUAUCUUUAGAGCGGCCGUGGAGGAGGGAGACUAUGCACAAUCUUGUUAAGGAAGCAUCCGGAAUUGACUUUAAUGAGUUUCAUGAUAAUCUUAUAGCUGCUAAGGAAGUUACCUUAAGAACGCUUGGAAGCAGCCUUGAGGACAAGGACAAAUUUGCUAUUGCUAAUUGCCCAUCAAUUGGCCAUAUUCUUAAUGAGGUCUUUGAGAUAGUUGUGGAGCCAAAGCUCCUCCAACCUACAUUUGUUCUAGAUUAUCCCGUUGAAAUAUCUCCUCUUGCUAAACCACACAGAAGCUUUGUAGGUCUGACUGAGAGAUUUGAACUGUUCAUCUGUGGCCGGGAGCUAGCAAAUGCAUUCUCUGAGUUAACAGAUCCUAUAGAUCAGAGGCUACGUCUGGAAGAGCAAGUGAGGCAGCACAAUGAGAAGCAAUUGGAAGCAGACCACAAGGAGAACAAGAGUGAAGAUGGUCCAUAUAAGGUGACCCUUGAUGAAGAUUUUUUGACAGCAUUGGAGUAUGGAAUGCCUCCAGCUUCUGGAAUGGGAUUGGGAAUUGACAGGCUAGUGAUGCUACUAACGAACUCUGCCGGCAUUCGGGAUGUCAUUGCCUUCCCUGUCCUCAAGGUUCAGAACUAAGAAGUAGGCAUGAGCAUGAAUUGGAGCUGGAAUUUGAGUUGUCCUUUUGAAGAAUAGCCCUUUGAAUGGCAAGCUUUUAUUUAUGAAUGCUGAUGCUUCUCAGCUUCUGAGAUGAGUGUCUCAAGCCUUUCUAGCUAAUUUAUUGAUCUGACAACGAGAAUGAGAGUUAAUUGCUUUGAGGAAGGUUUCGGAUGUAUCAAGUUCUUUGUUUAGAAAUUUCCAAGUUUUUAUUAUAGGACCACUAAGAUUUUUGUCGGUGAAAUAAAGGAGAAUUACUGGACAUGAUGCGUUGCCAGAAUCAAUCACAAUAUUGCUUGUUACGUCCA